GAUCAAACCAAGCACGAGAGUGACACCUGAUGGGACGAGCAUACCUGCAAAAUGGAUUUCAACUUCCUAAUGGCAAAGUUAUGGUUGAUGCUCUGUUUCCUAAUGCUCUUUUCUGUAGUAGCCGUUAUGUCUGAGGCCGUCGUACUCGGUAUCAAUGACAUCGGUUUAAUGAAUGAAGGUGUAAGGAAGGACGGGAACGAUGUCGAUGUUGACAAGACGGGUGACUCCGUGGUCGAAGAAGAAGAGGAGAGAAUGAUUUUGCAUCAGUUGGAUCCGGUGGAGAUUGGCUACGUAAGGAAUGUAGAAGUUUCCCCGGGUAGAACAGUACAGAUGAAGACUGUCGCUACUAAACCACCAGUUUUCGAAAUAUUUAAUUUAUUGACCCCUGAAGAGUGUGACCACAUGAUAGAGCUUGGUGAAAAGAAGGGGCUUCAGAUCAGCAAGACUAUCACAGGCAGUUUCAUGAAGAAGUAUGGUCUUUACGCUGAUGACGGGAUAACGCUGGUGUACAAUGUUUCAGAAUGGAAUCAGACAUUUAAUGAAUUCGAUUCCAAUCUUGAUGGCUUCAUAGAUUAUAAAGAGCUUCACAGAUGCUUACCGGUGCUAAAAGAUCGUCAUGUUGAACUCACCCUGGCACAAGUAGUCAAGCUUAUGGUAGAUCUUGACCUAGACUCUGACUCAAAUGGUCUCCUUAACCUCAACGAGUUUUACGCAAUGAUGACUAGGAGCCUGGAUGAUCUCGUUACCCAGUGGUUGGAGAAACUUGAAACAAACGAAAUAAAAACCGAGGAAAAGGUUAGAGGUCGAGAUAGGGUCAGUGAUCAAACUUGGCUUUUCUUUCUCACUUCAGAUGACCAACUUUUGAAAGAGCUUCCAUACAGAAUAGCGACAUUAACAGGUCUCCACUCUGAUAUAGUUCGGUCAAGCGAAAGCAUACAGGUUGCGCGCUACUAUCCUGGAGGCUAUUACCACGCCCACUACGACUCUUCACCAAUCGAUCCCUCCACCAGCUGUAUUCAAAGUAUGAUGACUCUGGAGAACGUUAGUCAUCUUCAUCCGAAAGGAAGGAUAUGCAGGUUCAUCACCAUAAUGACAUACUUAACAGACGUGGAUGAAGGGGGCGAGACGGCAUUUCCCUAUGCUAAUAAUGACACAUAUAGUUCUGAGGUUGCCCAGGAGCAAGAUUGGAGAGUGACAGACCUAAAGAACCAUUGCCACGACGCCAACCUCGUCAUACACCCCGCCAAGGGAAAGACUGUUAUGUGGUAUAAUCAUCAUAUAGACCCCGAAACAGGAUGGCUUGGAAAUCCAAAUAACUAUUCUUUACACGGUGGAUGUGAGGUCACUCGUGGUGUCAAGUGGAUAGCGAACAACUGGAUAGCCGUUGAUGACAUUUACAGCCGACAAAUGAAGUUCCAUAAGAAAUAUUUCGAGAAGCAUACACCAUCAUCGAAGUCGACACAGGCAAUGGCUACAGAUGAGGUAUCGAGGACUGGCGAGGAGCCACUUACCAGCACAUCGGCUGAUGAUAUCAAUGCUGCAACUUCUUCAGAUCCGUCAAUCGUAGCGUCAGAGAAAACUGAAGGGCAACGUGAGGGCGCUUUCCAAGAUAGAAAACUAACAGAUGCUCCCGUUGAUGAAUCCCAUGAUACAUCUAUACGAUCUGAUGGUGUAAAGGGGGAACUCUAAUCAUGUCGGGAUCUAGACAUGGGUAUACACACACACACCCUCACUCACACACACACAUAUAUAUAUAUAUAUGGAUAAGAUAAGACCCAUUGAAUGCUCCAGCACUCAUGUAAACCGGUGUAAAAUUAUCGAUCAAAGUCGAAAGAAAUCGCUGAGAAACUCACUAAUCACCACCGAAAUAAGAACUGAAUAAGAAGUGACUUUCAAAUAUUGUGUCAUUUUGCAGCUUUUGAAUGUUGACCUAGCCCUAUAUUUCAAGGCACUGCACAUCCAUUUGAACCAUAAUCAUAUAAUUGUAGGGUAUCAUUUUAAAGAGAAUUAAAUGCUCUAUUCAUUGAUAUCAAUUACGCAUUGACAUAUACUAAAAUCGAGGAGAGAUUAUCGAGCAAAGUCAGAUUUCCAAACUUUUUUUGUUGAGGAUUUUAGAUUCCGGGCUGGUGUUAAAUCAACAUCGGAGUUUUUGCAGUGAAGGAGCCACGGCCCUGGGAAGCGGGGGUCUUUCGAUGGGAACCACAGCAUCACCUUGUGCCUU